CAGUCAACUGUCUGUUUCUGUACAACAAACAGCAGUCUGGGCAUGGACAAAGUUGCUUAGAUAGCCCUUUGUCCAUCCCAUCCUUAUUUUAUUUUAUUUUUAAACCUUAUUACGUAUUAAGAGAUUAAUUACGUUUUUACAGAUCACGACAAAAGUAUUUUAUGAACUUUUCGCCUGGACAGAUUCUCAAACACUGUUUUGACAGCUAGCCUAUCGAGCUAGCUGACUAAGUGGGUUUCCUGACAUUACAUUCAUCAGCAUAUGCUGCAUCUACAUCCUGUAAAUGGGGAACAGCGCUCUGAAAGCUCAUUUGGAAACGUCUCAGAAGACUGGCGUGUUUCAGCUGACCGGAAAGGGAUUGACAGAGUUCCCAGAGGAGCUACAGAAGCUCACUGGAAACCUGCGGACAGUCGAUCUGUCCAACAACAAAAUCGAGGUGCUUCCUGCAUUCAUAGGAGUCUUCCAGCAACUCAGAAGUCUUACCAUAAGUGGAAAUAAACUAAGUAGUUUACCAAAUGACAUCGGGAAACUCAAGAAGCUGGAGACUCUUGUUGUGAAUGGCAACCAGUUGAAGCAGCUUCCUGCAUCGGUGGGUCAGCUGAAGGCCUUGCGGACCCUCAACCUCUCUGGGAAUCAGUUUAAGGAAUUUCCCGGUGGACUCGGCACGCUUCGCCACCUUGAUGUUCUCGACCUGUCCAAAAAUCAAAUUCAGCUGGUACCUGCAGAGGUGGCCGAGCUGCAAGCCAUUGAAAUCAACCUCAAUCAGAACCAGAUUUCGACCCUGUCUCCAGAGGUGUCUCAUGCUCCCAGAUUGAAGGUCUUGCGUCUGGAGGAAAACUGUUUGGAGCUCACCUCUAUCCCCAUCGCCAUCCUCACAGACUCCCAGGUGUCCUUGCUUUCCGUAGAGGGCAAUCUGUUCGAAGUUAAAAUGUUACGUGACCUGGAAGGGUAUGAUAAGUACAUGGAACGUUUUACUGCAACAAAGAAGAAAUUUGCUUGAAGAGUUUGAUGCUUCCUUAGUCCUCUGCGCUGGGCUUACUUUAGAGAAGUUACAGCUGUGACCACUGGUUGUAACUGGUUUGGCAGGAUGGGACAAGAGACUGUUAAAGAAUGGCCAGGACUGCCAGAGACCCCAGCCCUGCUGAUCAUUACUGUAACAGAACAGAGAAUGCCUGUAUGGAUUACUGCAUGGACUGUGCAUUACACUUUCUUUUGCAAUGAUUUUAGAAACGGAAAUAUAGUGCUGACUCCGCUUUAUGAGGAUAUUUAAACUGGAGAAUGGGUUAUUGUAUAUUCAAGCACACUAAUGCCAGGUCUAUUUAUAGAAAGUCUGUCCUUCAAAGGCGAAUAUAACAUCUAACAUAUUGUAUAUCCUUUACCCUUUAAAGUGCAGUGUAUGCUAUUGCUUAGAAAUUUAUUUUAAUGCUUUAGAGUUAGGAGACCCUUUUUUGCCAAUAAACCCAUGACUGUU